AUGCGCCACGCCUCCCGCGCGAGCCGCGUCCACACCCGUGCCUGCGGCCGCCCGCUGCUUGCUUCCAUGCGCUCUCCAGCACCUGCCCAAGCCGAGCCGCCGCACACAGCACUUGCUCACGCGCUCCACCCCUCCGUCGGCGCCCUGCUCCUGGGCCCGCCCGAGCCUCCGCUCCAGUGCCUGCUCGCUGCUGCCCGCGUGCCUGGGCUGCCGCCUGAAUCCGCCUCUGGGCUCGCACACUCGCGCCGCUUCUGCUUGCUUGUGCCGCCGCUCGGCGCCACCUGCCACGAGUCACCGCGCCAGCCGAGCUACUCCUCGCCCGCUCCGCUCUGCGCGCCUGCGCGCCUCGCACCAGCCAAGCCACCCCCGCGCGCCCAGCAACUGCCGCCCGCUCCCGCUCCUGUGCGCUGCGCGCUCACUCCCACGCGCCCGCACCGUCGUCUCGGGCUCGCCCGGCACCCGCGUUGA